AAACAAUUUCAAUCUCCAAUUCCCAAGAUCUCAAGAUCUCCGUCUUUAGACUGGGAUCGCUCUCGUGAGGCAAGUUGACUUCCAUCAAAGCGGCCGUGAGCCUUCUGCGGGUCGCCAGAACAACCCCGCGGUUCGCUCCUCUUCCUUGGGCGACGGCAAGAUUAUUCGCUGCCUCUCCUGCUCCUCUGCCUCGUCCUCUUCCACUUUCUCCAACACCUUCACUUCUACUUUCUUCCCACCACCCUCUCGCCAUCCGCUCCUUCGCAAACAUGGCUAUCAACUCCGCCCCCGAGUCCUCCCUCCUCUCCCUCCUCUACCGGUCCUACCCGGGCGCCAUCUCCCCGGACGCCACCGAGCCCGACCUCCAGACAGCGACCCCGAAAAUCUUCCCGCACACCAAGUUUUCCGUCACCGAGGAGGCCGACGUCAAGCAAUGGCUGGCCACGAUCUCCGGCCUGCAGCACGCCCAGGGCAAGGACGACCAGACGGUGAUCGCCAACAUCCUGGGCCAGCUGAACACUCACCUGGCCACCCGCACCACGCUGCUGGGCGCUAAGCCCUCCGUCGCCGACAUUGCCGUCUACGCUCUGCUCGCGCCCCUGGUCGAGAAGUGGUCCCCCGAGGAACGCACCGGCGAGCAGGGCUACCACCACAUCGUUCGCCACGUCGACUUCGUCCAGAACAGCCCGCUGUUCGCCCUGCAGAUCCCCGAGGAAGAGAAGGUCGCCAUCGACGUGAACGACGUGCGCUUCGUGCCCAAGCCCGUCGACGCCAAGGCCGAGAAGGAGCGCAAGAAGAAGGAGAAGGCCGCUGCCGCUGCCGCUGCCGCAGGCGGCGCGGAGGGCAAGCCCCUCGUCGUCGGCCAGGGUAAGCCUGCUGCCGAGAAGAAGCAGAAGGCCGAUUCGGCUCCCGCUGCUGCUGCUGCUGCUGCUACCGAAACUGCCGCCGCCGCCGCUGCCGCCGCCAAACCCGAAGGCGGCAAGCCCAAGAAGGAGAAGAAGGAGAAGCAGCCCAAGCAGCCCAAGGCGGCGCCGGCGCCCGCGGCUCCCCCGUCCCCCUCCAUCAUCGACCUCCGGGUCGGCCACAUCCUGCGCGCGAUCAACCACCCCAACGCGGACUCACUGUUCGUGUCGACGAUCGACUGCGGUGACGCCCCGGGCACGGAGAACACCUCCCUGGACGAGGCGACGGGCAAGACGGUGCGCACGGUGUGCUCCGGCUUGAACGGGCUGAUCCCGCUGGAGGAGAUGCAGAACCGCAAGAUCGUCGCCGUCUGCAACCUCAAGCCCGUCACCAUGCGCGGCAUCAAGUCCGUCGCCAUGGUGCUGGCCGCCUCCCCGCGCGUCGCCGAGGGCGAGGACUCCCACGCCGGCCCCGUCGAGCUCGUCGCCCCGCCCGCCGACGCCCCCGCCGGUGAGCGCAUCACUUUCGACGGUUGGUCCGAGGGCGAGCCCGAGAAGGUCCUCAACCCCAAGAAGAAGGUCUGGGAGACCUUCCAGCCCGGCUUCACCACCACCGACAACCUCGAGGUCGCCUUCGAGAGCGCCGCCGUCCCCGCCGUCCAGGGCCAGGAGGGCAAGCCCGCCCUCGGCCUGCUGAAGACCGCCUCCGGUGGCAUCUGCACCGUCAAGAGCUUGAAGGGUGCCACCGUUCGGUAAACAGCGUUUUUCGAUGUCCAUGAUAUGUCCAGUUCAGCCCAUUUCCAAAGGAAAGAAGUGAAAGAAUAUUUUUUUUGUCAUAACGUAUACCUUGUCCUCCUCCCGCGCCUCCUCCCAAAGAGAGAGAAAGAACUUAGCGAGUCCCCUUUUCGAACCCCAAAAGAAAAAAUGUCAUUUCAUUUCACCAUAUUCUCCUCCUAGG